UUGUCCUCACAAUGCCUUAUGGGAGUUUGGCAAAACUGUUUUUUUUUUUUUUUAUGUGGUUUAUAUUACAAACAGGUUGCUCAAAAAGUCUAGUCUUCAGCUCUUUUCAGCUCUGAGGUCAGGAUUGUUUUGCUGUUUUCCACUGAGCGGAGGAGCGGGAUAUGGUGAUUAAAAGAUAAGUUGACCUGAUUUAUCUGGUUAAUUUCUACCACCAGAGAUUUCCAUGUGUAAGCACUGAGACUGGUACAUUCAACACACUCACUGAGCUUUUAUUUGAAGUGUAAAUAGACCACCCAGAUCAGCUAAUGCCUAAAAUAUUAUGGUUCGCUGGCUCGUGCAGACUAAUGAAUGAGCAGCCCACAGUGACCGCAUAGCUCCUCUCCAGCACCGCCCUCAAGCCCAAGCAUGGAUCUGAGCUCCAAAAUGAUAUCAAAAAUUUGGCAAAAAAUGCUAAAUAUGAGGUUUCACAUGGAAACUAUUGGUUGCAUCACAGUGGAUAUAUCCAUUUACUCUGCGUAAGUUUAAGCGAAUUAAGGGCAGUCCAUAAGGAUGCAUGCAGACAGAUGAGCCACCAAAACUAAUUUCCUAUCUGCCACAAUAAUUAAAACAGUGUCGUAGCCAAACCUGAGGAAAUGAGGUCACUGAUGAGCUCCUAAACCAUUCAAGUCUUCAGGGAAGCUGUGUUUGCAUGUGUAGUGUGUGGGUGUAUGAUUCACAAUGGAAAAACACCACACCAGUGCCUUGUUUCCAAGGCAGCUGUCACCACCACACCAGUAGAGCAGGGUCCUGUUUUUGGUUUCUGGAUGUCGAGGGAACGUGAUGGAGAAACUAUUUAAUAAGAAUAGAAUGAAAUGGACAAGAAGGCAGGAAGAUGACUAUUGUGAAGCUUGGAAAAUAGAAAUGCUGAAAUCAACAUUUCAACGGAAUUAAAGAAGACUUUUAGGCUUAAUAGCAAAAAGCAAUUUCUUAAGGCCAAGGGAAACGAUGCAGCAGAUUUCCUGUCAGAUCUGGCCAAAAAAGGAGCUUGCAAAGGUAUCUUAUGUUGUUUUUGAUUGACUGGUCCUGAAAUGAAUGACACCACAUAUACCAAAUUCUGUAAAUUCUCCUUUUCUUCCAUUCAUUCUCCCUUUUCUCAUUGCGUCUAUUGCUCCCCAUUCUGUCGUGUUUCCUGCCUCCAUUUUGUUUGUGUUCUCAUCUUCUUAGAGUUCUCCACAAUAGCGUGUGGCCCCAUUUCCCCUAAACUGCAAAACCAAAGAAAUGUGUGUCAGUAUUAAGCUGCCAAGACAGAGGAGAGAGAACAUACACUGACUCCAGGAGAUGCUUGCAUACACCUCUUCAUCGCAUGGAUAAGAUCAAACGACCAAACAUUUCCCCUUCUAUGCAGACAAUAAUCUGCUUUAUUUUAGUUUCAGACUCCACAUCACAACAAUGCAGAGUGUUCAGGCAGCAUUCAAAUCAGCAUGCAGCCUCCAUCACACUAUGUUUAUCAUCUCUUCCUGCUCAUCUGACCCCACGCCGCGUAGCCCCGAGUUAUAUUUAAUUUACCAUGAUUGAAGCAAAAGCUUUAAGUCUGAGGGACAGUCUGCGUCUCUUUACCCAUCCAGGCAGGGAAAGGCCUCUGAAUUCCAUCUGUCUCAAUCUUUCCAUGCUGAGCAGAAAAAGAAUACUGAGAGAGAACAAGUCAGCACAAAAUUACUAUUCACUGAUGCUGGUCGUGUUGCUGCUCGUCACACCCUGAUCCACUGCAAAUGCUGACAUUUUGAUACUAUCGCUGUGUGUCUGCAAAUCUGACUGCUUCUUUUCAUUUUCUACCUGCCUCCUCCCAGCCCACAUUUGAUCUACGAACAGUUAUUAGAUAUCUGUGAUCUUUGGUACUGAUCUAUCCAGAUAAGAAAUAAUCAAACCAGCACACUGGCAUAUCUUGGUGCUGCACACUGGAUAUGAAGGCUGUAUGUUCACAUGCCACACAGGCUCCUCAUUGAGGUAAAGUGAGUUAUUGCUUAUGAUUUUAAAGACAUAAAGUCCAACCUUUUCAUAUCCCCGAGUCUGAAAAGGAUUACACUGUUUCUCUUGUAGUGGAUUGAUUCUAUUUUAGUUUUGGUUGAACAAAACAGACAUGUAACAAGAUGUAAUCUCAGACUGGACAAGUACAUGCUGAACAUUUUCAACAUUUAUAAGACUAAAAACAUGAUAAAGAAAUGUUUGUCGGAUCAAUCAGAUCUUUACGUGUACCUGUCACUUAUCUUAAAAAUGGAAUAAUAGAUAUUUGGAUAAAAAAAGAAAUGAGACCGAAAUAAAACUCUGACCAGAAAUCACAGAGACACUUUUAUAACCAUGUAUAAAUAGCCUCACAAACAAAGGCUGGAUGUGCAAUUUGGUCUCUGCUGCCUUUUAACCAUCAGCACCCGUUUCCCUGUAACAUCAUCGUCUUCAAAAGCCAAGGACAUUGAAUGUGUUUACUCCUGACUCAUUAGCAAGAUACAUUUUCUAAGCUUUUCAGCCACUGUCACUCGCCUGUGUGUGAUAUAUAAACACACACACACACGCACACACAUGAGUCAUGCAUUUAACCUAAUGAAGCACUCUCCGUCGUCUGUGGCGGAUCCAAGCUUGAAGAUCACACCAUAUCUGAGCCAUGGGCACGGAUGAUGCAUCGCUUCGCUCAUAGCAGAUGAUUUCAUGUUGGUUUGGCUGGAUUUGGAUUAAUGAAAUCAUCAGACUCAAAGCUAAUGCUUCUGAUAAAGGGGAUACAUCCACUGGCAACAGACUGACGAAAACAAAUAUCGUAUUCUGUGUCAACAGGACCAAUUUAAUUAAAGGGAGGAAACCUAUUGUAACAACUGUAGUAAAGGUUAACCUAUGAAAACAUGGUGUUGUUCUUAGAGUGUGAAACAGAAGAAGGAAAAGAUAAAGAACAAUACUAAAAAAAAAAGGGAUAGAGAACCAGCAACAGGAAGCCAGAGAUGGACCGCUGGAGCUCAAAUGGAUCUGUAUUUGAUUUAAGCCUCUUACCCCAUGGUUACCAUACCCACCACCCCUCACUUCCCUCCAUCCCACUUCUAAUCAGCCUUCAAAGAGUCAGAGGGAAAAGUGGAACAUUCACGGCUAAACAAAUUAGAUUCACAAGUACAGGGAUAGAAGCCAAUGUUGCAUCGUUCUGAAAUAUUGAUGUACUACUGGAAGCAACUGGGAUUUACAUCUGAAUGCUUGGCCGCAAUUAAAAGAUAUUCACAAACAGCGUGCAGGAGCCUGAAACAUUUACAAAUGUAGUGUUUCUUCUUCGCAAGGCUUGAGCAUGCAACUACAGUAUAUUUAACAAAUUACCACAGACUACUAUGAGAGAAAUAACCUAAUGUUUAAAAAGCUAGAUCAAAUGAUUGUUUGCUGUUUUUACCUCAAAAUGGCUCUAAGUAUGCAUUUUAUCAGUAAAAGGCCAUUAAAGCUUGUUGAAUUAGUCUAGUUUAUGUUUCGUUUCAUUGUGAACAGGUUAAAAAAACUGGCUAAAUGAUUAAAUGUAGGAUUAACUUUUAGCUCCUCAGACACAGGCCUAAACUGGAAGUCCUGCACUCUUAUAUGUCAUCAAGUAAUUUGGGUUUUAGUCAAUUAGGUUUUUUGGCCAGAACAACAUCAACCUUGAUGGGAAAUUAAAAUGAAAUGGACCCCAGUUAGCUUCUUUCACAUCAAAUACCUUUAUAAUGUUCAUCCAGAGCCAUGUUUUCCAGUUAGGAAGCAAACAUCUCUUAGCAACAGACAUGAAAUGAUGUAUUGUAAAGGUAAGAUAACAUUUUUUCGCAGCACAGACUGAUCUUCUAUGGGUUUAUUUCCAGUGGAGAGAGUGCUCCCUCAAUGCCGGGGAAAUCACUGUCGUAAAUUUCUGGACAAAAGAAAGGCUCUAUUACGGAUUAUGGUGCCCACUGGAGGCACUGUUAGGGUUACGUAAGGCAGAUUAGUGAACCACACAUACCGUCACACCACCGGUGGUUUCAUCUGUGAAUCAGUCAGGCACCAAAACACAGAGAUACUGAUGCUCAAACACAAACAUACUGGUAAGGCAACACUAUUGUGAGUGCUGUGAUAGAGAAAACACAUCACCAUAUACAGAUGUAUCAUCUGCAUAUGUUCCAAACACCUGAUUUACCAGUGAUUUAUUUGUCCUUUACUGUCUGCUUGAACACACAGAGCAUGUCUCCUUGAAUGCACUCUAAACUAAUUGAACUCAGUGCAGUUAAACUGAUGAGUAUAGGACUAGAUUAGACUAGAGAGCCUAAUACAGUAAAGAUAUUUGCAAACACUGUAAAUUUUAUGGAUUAAUUCAUGGCUCUGUUGUCAGCUCUGAGGCCAAUGGCAGUCAAGCAAAUAAAAAAAAAAACUGCUCCAUUGAUCUGACGUGAUCAACCCAUGAGACAGGACACCACAGUAUGUAACAAAAUCCUCCAUGAGUGCAUGUUGGGAUAUUAAGUCCUCUGGGACCCGGUGUGCUAAUGUGAUUGGAUUGUACAAGAACAAGGGGCAUGAGGAGGCAGACACUGAACAAUGAAAUGUUGUGCUUGAUUGCAAAAAGUACCCUUAAUGGCACAGAUUCUAACUAUUUCUCUGACUUUUCCUCUCACUGACACUCUAUGGAACUGGGUUAAAAAACUUAUAGCACAAUAUAGUGUUUUGUAUGUUAGCUAAAUCAGCUGUAGACUUUUUUUCUCCAGUAUUAAGUUUGUACAGAGAAAAAAAGACCUAAAACAGGAGUAAGCUAGUAUUAAAGAAAUGCCAUACUCCUGCUAUGAAGCAAUACAUGUCAUGUUGCAGCAUCCUCAACAGCGCUUCUUUAAAAUCACACCAAAGUUUCUUUCCAUAUCCCACAUAUCCCUGGUCUAAAUAACACCCCAAAGAAAAAAAAGCUAACAAAACAAACAAAACACCAACAAUGUUAUAGGAACCACUGUCCAGGCCCGAUAUUUCUGCAAGAUCUCCUGAUCUCCCACACACACACACAGUCGUGUUUUGUGUCGUGGAGAAAACGCAGGCAGGAUUGAUCAUAUUGUUUGUUGCAGAGGCCACAUUAGAGGCGUUUAAAGCAGCAUCAGUACGAGGAGGACUUCCGUAAAUCUUUGUUCAGCAUCAUGCCCUUGCCUGGGCAGGACUCAACAGGGCGUGGGCCUCACACAGAGAAUGCGCAAGGCGGGUGCCUGUCGCGACUGCUUAAGAUCAAUCAUUUGCCUUUUCUUUUUAACAAAUCCCUUUCAUUUCACUUUUAAAAGCGAAAAAGUGAAGUCAUCUUUAGUAACAGCUGUCAUCUCGGACCACAUCAGCUCUAAAGCACUAACAAUCGGCCUUGUUUGGUACCUAAAGGCGCGCAUGGAAGCAGUUACAGGCCUGUCAGGUUGAUUAAAAUAUCAAUAACAAACGACAGGAGGGAAUACGUGACAUACUGCAGGCAUUAAACACGGAGAUUACAUUUGUCAUCUUUGGCGUCACCCUUGGUCGUGAACUGUACCCAUCGCCCCCUUCAUGCCUCCUCUGUCGCUCUGUAUGCGAGCUCUUACCUGCAUCCAGGGGGAGAGAGGGAAUGGAAAGUGGAGAGGGAAAACAUCUCAGCCCUGUCCGCCAUCUUCUUCAACAAAUGACUCAGAGAGACUGCAGAAAAUCACGGAUGGAGCGCAGUCCAUUCACAGACAGUGGGCAGAGGACAGCCACGGAGCUUUCUGUCUCUCUGCGGCCCCACAGAUGCCCCCCCCUGGCCGCAAGGCUUCAAUCAGACGAGCCUGCUCAGCACCAUCAAAUCUGCAGUCAACCAUCUACACAGGUAGGGGAGGAAGGAGGGGGGUGUUGAGGCAAGGAAGAUCUGAGGAGACGGAGAUUUCUGUACAAUCCUGUUUUUCGCCCCCCCUAAUAUGUCCACGCGAAGCAGAAGCGCGCAGAAAAUGCGUCCGCAGUCCGUGUUUUUCUUCGCCAAAUGUCUGCUGCUGCUGCUGCUGUGAUGCUGCCUCUGACACACAACGGAUACGGGCCAGCAGUGCGGAGACAGCAGAGACAGAGGAGGAGGAGGAGGAGGCGAGGGGGAGGAAGAGGAGGAGGAUGGGGAGGGCGUGUGGAGCAGUGGAUAUAACGUCAGUGCCGUGAACGUAUGAGCAGCUUUUCUUGGCUUGAUGCAGGCAGCAACUAAACAACGGCGUGGAAAACACUGUAUACAUGAUAACUAUAACGCUACCAAAGUAACCCAAACAUUACACGAUCCAAAAUAGGAAUCAUCCGUUUAAUAGGAGGUUUAAUAUUGUGGGGAAAAAAAGAAAAAGCAGCAGAAUUAUCAGGACAUAUAAACAUUUUAACCUGCAGUCAACCACCUACAUUUUAAUUAUUUUAAAUAAAGAAGUCUUCAGAAAAAUACGAGAAAAAAUCUCGAGAAAAUUAGAAAUUACUCACAUACAUACACACCCACAUGCCAAAUACUACUUAUUAUGAGUGCAGUAUGUAAGGGAAUAUAAUAUGUUAUAACAGUUAUUAUGAGUUAUCAAUAUUCAUAAUAAUAAUAAUAAUAAUUACCGCAUCCUUAAGACUAUCAAUCUAUGCAAAAGGUUACACGGUGUACUGGGUGGGCGUAAUGAGGAGCUGUUCACUCCAUGUAGUGCUGAAGUUCAGCUUCAUUGCCAAACUGAGGUUUCACUGUCGUGUCACAUGGGGGCGGUAUAUCUCCACUCACUUUGUAGGUAAAAACGUGACUGAAUUGGCAUAUGCAAUAUGCUUUACGGUCAUUUCAUCGUUCACUAGAUAGUAUUCAUUGAUUUAUUCAUAAAAACAAACAGUUAAGAGAGGAAGUCCCUAAACCUAGUUUCUCCACUUUUUUUUUUUUACCAUUUUAUUUCCUCUUUAUCAAGUCAUCUCUUCUCUGACAUAAUAGCCAACAAACUGAAAAUUCCUUGUAUUUUUUAAAUCAUCUUCUGCAAAAGUUCUAUCCAGUAAAUGACAAGUUUUAAUAAUUUGCAUAUUUAUUUCCAUAAAACAGAAAGAUUUACAUCAUCCAUUCAUCAUCACACAACAGCCAAAGUUUUUUUUUAAAAGAGUUACAUUAUGAUCUUUAGCACUUUUAAAAUCUAACAUGUUUCCCUUUUUGUAGGUCAAAUUUUGAUGACAUGUUUUGAGUUAAUGCGGUUACCUUUCUGGUUUAAGCUAAGCUAAGAAAAAGAGACAACAAACAUACAGAUGAGUAUGAACCAAUUCAAAAGGUUUAUUUUGGGAAUCAUAGCCACGGCAGGAAAUUGAGUUAAGCAAUCACCUUCUCUUCGAUGGGGAUGGGACCCAGGGUGACAUCACCUUCCCAUUCGAAAACUUAAGAGGAAAGAGAGGAACGCAUGUCCACAAUGUGCAUCAAAGUGGUUGAUUUAAACAUGAUUAAACUAUCAAGACAGGGGGUUGUAAAUACCUUCACUCUCGGAGGCCUCCCGGAUCUUCCUACCAGGAGAGGAAACACUAGUUACUGUGCCGCUGGAACCCCAGGAACCGCCUGCACCGGUGUUGGCACCAGGUGCUUCAAGUGAACCUGAGUCACAGGAGCCACAAGCUGCAUGAACGCCGCUGGCCUCUUUCCAUCUGGAUAUUACAGAGAGAAUAACAGGCUUAUUUCUUCAGUCACAGACUUCUUACAACGAUUAUGCUCUCAUGCACACUCACCCUCCUAUAGGGGAGCAAGCUCUGUGUCCACUAUCAAUGGGAUGAGCAGCAGAUGUAGCUCUUAAGUGGCAGGUAAUGUAGAGCUGUGGAAAUAAUAGGGUUCUAUAUCAAUGUAUCAAACACAAAAAUGAAGAUAUUAAAUCAUGACUUGAGAUACUCACCAGUCCACUGUCAGAGCCCUGGAACCUGAAUGCUUCCAACUGGAACUGGAGCUUGUUUUCUGCAGUACGAGCCAUGAACUUAGAGUCAGAGCCUGUGAUCCUAGCAUCUAUAAAGCAUCUAUAAGCAAGAAAACACACAAAUAACGUCAGAGAGACAAACAGAAGACUUAAUGUAUUCGUGUCCAGCUAUUCUAGAGAAACAGAAUAAUCUCAAUCAAGUCAUUACGCUUCUUUACCCUUGGUUCUCGAUGAAGGCGUAUCUGGGGUUGGAGUUCAUGUCUGGGGCAAGAGUAGCGACACAGCUGUCCACAUAAACACGCAGAGGCACAUGGAAGUACUGCUUGACAGUUGCCUCAAUAUUAAUCAUGUCACCCAGGAAAUACUGGUAGCUUGGCCUCUCGAAUUGCCAGUCAUCUGUGUAAUGAGAUAAUGGCAUUAGAUCACAGCUCCAUAAAUGUUUGAUCAUGAAGAAAACCAUGAAGACAAAGAAGCGGAAGUGCUGCAGGGUCUUUGUCAUAUAGAAACUCCUUGGGUACUUUGCUGUUGCUUGUGUAUUGCCUGAGGUAGGCAGGAUUCCAUUGAAGAAGCAUCUUUUUUUGUGGUGUAUAUACAAAAAAGCCUUUAAUAUCUGUCAAUAGCUAUUAGUUAUUGAUGACAUUUGGGUACAUAACGACAUCGCUGUGUUUUGUUAUGCCAGUGUAGUCAACAUUUUAAAUUUUUUGAGCCCUCCUCUCUUUCUGACUGUAAACAAAACCAUUCUCCGUCUGGUUGUGAGGCAGACACUGCUCUCUUGUAUUGUGAGGCACGCCCCACGUCCUUGCAUAACAUUCACGAGCCCAUAUAAAGUUAGCAUGCUACAAUAUCGGACAGUAGAAAUCCACCAGGAAGUACGGGAAAUUGUCUGAAUCCUCCUUUAGCCACGACUGCCAACACAAGCAAGAAAACGAAGUGAAUACCAGAGACCGGACAAGAGCUACAUAAAAAGCCAGGUAAACAUAAAACGAUUUGGAACACUUCAGGAUCUUACGGACCCUGUAACCUUUCUGCUGGACAGAUACACUGCUGUAGCCCUUUAAUGCCUGACACCCAUAUUAUGGCCAGAAAAUUUUUAUUUUUUUGGGAGCUGAAAUGUUUAUUUCACUUACUACUGAAAACCAAAAAAAUCAAAAUGUCCUUAAAAUUUAACAAAUAUAUAUUUAUUUAUCUCAUUUGAUACAUUAGAUGUUUUUGGAAACUGAUAAACUACAAGAGGACAUUUUUAUCAUUUAUCGGACUGUAUUCAGGUGUUUUUUUUAGUAAUUUGUUGAUCAUAUUGAUUUGAUAGUAAUAUAUAAAAGUAUGUAUCAAAUUUGAUACCAAAGGCAUUGAAAGGGUUAACAAAGUAAGCAAAGUGUCUGUAACAAUAGUGUUUCUUGUCAAACGGGACCUGCGGUAUGUUCUGCGCCGCUAAACUGGUUAGCUCAGUUCCUGGAUUAUAUCACUUUAUCCUAGUUGCAUUAGUCCUGCAAACAUUGUGUUUGCUGGUAGUCUGUUGGCAUCUAUAAAUGAAACAUAACGAUAAACGAUAAGAGCAAGCGUGAGCGUCUGUUUGUGGGCGGGGCUUGCUGGAGCAGAGCAGGAGGGGAGAGGAGGAGCUGAGGGGAAAACUGGUUGGGAGGGGUAGAGGUUACAUUCAAGAUUCCGCCCAAAAACUGGCACUUCCUCUAAUCCUGCCUACCCCACCUUUAACAGGUAAUUGCAUGUCCUUUUUCAGGGUAAAAUGAGUUUCGAAACUAGCCAACACAUGAUGUUUUUAAUUCUACAAAAACUACAGAAUGCUUGUUUUUUGAGGGAAAGUUGUGGUUUGCAUUUUUUCUUUACUGAGUUUCAUGCAAUUACACUUUCACAAAAUUAGUUGUAGAUAAUUUUUUUUUUUUUUUUCAACUCACCAGUCAUGAGUUUCAGAGUGAAGUAUAGGAACUCCUCUGCUACCUUGACUGCAGAGAAUGGGAUCCACAAAGGGUCCAGAGGAAGGCUGCUUACAUUGUGCUUCCUGUAGGAUUAAAGAGGUUAACUCAGAAUACAGAAAAUUAAAUUAAUUCCCAGUCAUCUUCACUAUGUUGGAUUUUCUUGAACCAGUAGUUAUAUAUGUGGGUUAUAUGUCUGCAAAACACUCCUCCACACCUCUAUCAGUCAGUUUGCCUACCUUGGGUAGUGACACUCCACAAUUACAGCAGCUUUGCUGGUUCUCACCACUUGAGAUCCCGCAAGAGGUUGGGGCACAUAGUUCAGAACAAAAGUGUAGAUGAGGGCUUCCUCUGUCAUCUAGCAAAGAAAUAAAUUUGAACUACUUUAAACUAAUUCCACUACACAAAAACUUAAGUUACUAAGUUUAAAUGCCAAAUCAUUUUUUUAUUUAUUUUGGGUAUCUUUAUGUGCUUACCGCUAAUGAGCUGCCACAGUCAUGCAAUUCAGAUUCAAAAAUCAGCACUUGGGCAGCAUUGUCUUCUGCUGUAGCACCGCAGGUUCCCAGGGUAAGGUCAGCAGGAUUGAUGAACUGUCCAAUCCCAAACAUGUCCUUCUUGACUUCCACAUGAGCAUCUCUCUCUCUGCACUCCACUGCAACAGUUGCAGCAGGAACAGGAUGUCUCAGCUCAAAGGGGACCUCAGGUUGGGGCUCAGGUUUGGGAUCUUCAGGAUAUGUCCAAGUGAGUGGCAUCUCGAAAUCCUGCUUCGAUUGUUGGGGCUGUUGAGGUGCCUGUUUGCUGGGCUCCUGUCUCACAGGGGGUGGUGCUGGUUUUUGGUAUCUAGGUGGUGAGGGCUUGUGUGAGGAGCCCCACUGAGCAUCACAGAAGGUGCAAAGCAAGGCCAGUGCCACAAGGCACAGGGCAGAACACUUCAUCACCAUGGUUCCACAACAACGAGUGAUCUGUACAGUUCACGAGGUGCUGCAGGGAAGUUUACAGAGUGCACCUACUUUUAUAAGACAGGGUGUAUGUUGACCUCCAUUUCAUUCCCUCCCCUUUUGUUGGCCAUUCCCAGUCAGACCCGAUGAGCUUAAACUUCAGCCAAUGACACCUCAGCAGCUGUUAAACAAAAGUAUACCUACAGCUGUGGUCAGGCCUCAUCAAGUGGGAUGACACUGAACAUUUCUGUAAUGUAUUUAAUGUUUCUGGAAUUGAGAUUGGGUCUUUAAAACAAAAAAACCACAUUUGAGAUUAAAAAAAUAAAUAAAUCAGCACGCAGGCUGUGUAUUACUGAGCUCUUCUCAAACAAGUGAGAGACGCAAUCUGGGCUGAUAACAAACGUGUGUUUGGUCAGUCGUGUUCAAAAAAAAAGUUGUGUUGACCCUGGGUUAGGUUUACCUGCCCUUAAAAUGAAAAUGUCAAACUGCUGGUUUUACCAAAGUCCGUUUGUAGAAGGGCUGAAAAUUAGCAAUGCUCCCAUUUAUCUUGAAUUUGAAGCUACAGUUUUGUAUCAGCAGGUUUAAGGUGUUUGGUAAUUAGUAAAAGGACGCAGUGUUGUUGAGGAUAAUGAGAAAUUAAAAGGUAUUAAUCAACCACUGAAGUAUGAUGAGGAAUCCUAAAAUUUGAAUCAACACCCAACUCCAAUUCUACUCUAUGUCAAAUAAAAUCAAAACAGAGUUUAGUUUGCAAACCUUUUGAAAUCAAUAUACAGUUAAAAAUAGUGCAACGACAACAUGUCAUCAUUUUACAGGGGACUUCUUGGGCAACAAUCUAGGCGCAAUAUAGCAUUAAAUUGCAACAACAAAAAAAGAAAAUUGUGAGAAUCUGGAGAAACCUGUCCCUGUGAAGACAGUUCACAAAUGGAAGGUAAAAACUGCACAGAGCAAAAUGAUAACCAUAAUUAAUGUAAACAUGACCCAGAGAUGCUGGUGACAGCAUUGAGCCUACUUAAGACUGAGCCAAAAUGGAAAACUGUCCUGUGGUCUCAUGAAUAAGAUUAGAUAUUCUUUUUGGAAUAUGGGAGCUGUGUUCUCAACUCUAAAGAUAGGAGAGGGUCCUAUGUUCAGCAUAUUACAGCCAAACCACAUUCUGCACAUAUUACCAGAUUGUGACUUAAUGUAGAACACUGCUAAACUGGCCCGUCUGCAGUCCGCAGCCCGCAGCUAGCAAAUCACAUCAUGAUUUUGAAAAAAAUGACAAAGACGCCCUUGAACUAUUCAGCUGCUAAAAUCAUAUAUUAGGCAAAAAUGGGUCAACUUUUUCCUUUAAAAGUCCAGGGACUGGUCUGAGACACAAUACAAUGGUAAACAUGCUCCAACUUUUGCUGGCAUAAAAUUUAAAAUUAGCAGAUGCUUUUCUUGCUGUGCAUCCAUGAGUGUUUAACAAAUGGGUAAACAUGAAUUCAACCUGUUAAAUACUUUUAAUGGCCAAUAGACUACACAGAAUAUCCUGAGAAUCUUACAUAAAGUCAUGGUAUUGUUAACACAUUUUUCAGUUUUCAUUAUUCUAUCACAAAAUUAUUCCUGUUUUAUUUUAGAAUAAAUGAUUUCAGUGAUACUUAUUCAUCACCUAGGGGCAGUUGAAAAGCAGCAGCAGCUGAGCAAAAAUUAAAAUAGAAUAGAGAAAAAGGUAUAAAAUCAGUAUAAACGUCAUCAGUAUAAACGUCAUCAGUAUAAACGUCAACGUCGUAAAUAUAAUGUCAUCUAAUAUUAUGUAAGACAUAAAAAUAUGAAAGUCAUAAUGAUUUUAAUAUAUUUUUAUGAACAACAAACAAACAUAUUGAACACUGUUUGUCACUGUCCUCACUGCUAGUCUCUGCAUUCAAAGCAAAGGUAGGACACUACAUGUGUGGAGCUUGCACAUGUGUUUGACACUGAAAUGGUAGCUCUCUCUACUCUCAUAAGGUUUGACUCCCACCGCCUCUGUUAGGAUGAGUUUCUUUAGCCAGUCAUGUCAGCCUUUAGAGUGGUGGAGCUGUGUCACUCAAAUACCCCAGACACUUUGGUGUUAGAUUGCUGGAGCCGGGGGCCUCCUACAACCAUCCCUGAGCAAGGAACCCUGUACACAUUAUUUACACCAUGUAGGUCCCCAAAAUAUGUUUGCCAUGAUAUUUCCUUCUUGGGACCUUCCACAUGUUCAUCUAAGGCUUUUGAAAUAUGUUGUCCUUUGUUUUUACCAUACAUGGUUUUCUCUUAGGGUCAACUAAAUACCAACAGUAUGUUUAGGAUUGUGAAUCGCUAUAUAUACUUGAAUGGUCUUGGACCACUCUUGGCUACACUCAUGUUGGCCACACUUGGGGGUGGACCGCUUUUUGCUACACUUGGAAUGGUCACUCUUUGUUACACUUGUAGAGGACCACUGUUGGUCACACUUGUGGCCUGCUGAAGCUGUAACCCAGAUAUGUAAUCAGUAAAGCUUGUCAAAAUGACCAUUCGUGUGGACCUUCGAUUCUUUCUAAUGUGAACCUGGGCUAGGCAUCCUUACAGCCUCCCUCCCAAUCAAACUGAUUCCAAUUUGUUACUUUGUACAUCAUAUUGCAGGAGCAGGUGCACAUGUUACAUCUGUGUCAAAGCACACUCUGACCUCCGGAUGACUUCUGAUCCCUUUGUACUCUAUUUAAGAUCACUCAUGUGUUGUUUGUUUACUAUUUCAAUAUUUUAGGAUCCCCCUGCCCCUUCAAAGAGUUCAAAGAGCAGCUCUCUGUCACAGAAAGUUCUCUUGACUGGUUAGGUCAUCUUGACCUCUGUCUGUCUGUGUGUGUGUGUGUGUGUGUGUGUGUGUGUGUGUGUGUGUGUGUGUGUGUGUGUGUGUGUGUGUGUGUGUGUCAAGGUAAUGAUAGUUUCAUAUUGAUUUGAAUAUAUCUUUUUGAACUACAAACCUUAUAUUGAACACUGUUGUUACUGUUUGUCACUUGUCCCACACUGCUAAAUCUAAAAUCCAUCUAAACAGAUAAGGGUCAAAUUUGAAAGGGGAAAAAGGGAAAAAAUCUGUAGCACAUAAAUACAAAUACAUAUGAAUACUUUUAAAUUAAUUUCAUGUAUUUUUGGCAACUUCAGGAAAAGUCAUCAAGUUUCAGGCUUAAAGAAUGACGUUUGGGGUACUUUUACUGCUGUUAAAAGUCAAAAUGGGUUAAAUUUGACCCGAACAGUAUGUAAGGGUUAAAGACACAUUAAAAACAUUUGCAAUUUGGUCCUGUUGCCUUAACUUGGAUUUAAAAUGUCUUCAUGACCAGUGGAAAGCAGCAGUGCAGAAACCUACAUAAAAUAAUUACAGGCACCAAGGACCACAGCUAUGGAGGAGUAGCAUCAAGAUCGCCUCUGAUUCGGGGAUAUUAGGAUAUCCUAACACUUCUAGGCUCUUGCAGCACAACAUCAACAUGGCCCAGCUGCCAGGUUUUUCUCCUAAGUUGAAAUACUUGAGCCAAAGCAGACUGACGAUACUUACAUAUCUACGUAAAUUAAACCCUGGACCGUGAGGACACAUCAAAGCUGCACAGUGAUUGAGUACUGUCCAUGUGUUGUAAAUUUAUAAGGUGAAAUGAGAUGUGACUUCAAUAAUUUAAGUAGAGAAAUUGUACUAAUUAAAAAUUAUAAUCCAUUGCUAAUCUUAUGUAAACAAUACCCAGGCACAGUUCGUCCUUCACAAUGAAAAAAUAUAAUGAAUGAGUUAUACAGCAAUGGUGAAAACGCCAAAAGAUAAGAAGUGCAUGUUUAUCAAAGCCCGUCUGGAUACAGUGUGACCUGACAUUGUAGGUCAUACAGACCCUGUGAAGGUUUUGUUCAAACAAAGAGGUAGUUUAUCCAUCACAGAUCAAUAGUAGUGUCCCAUUUGUGGCAAGCAUUGAAUUGAUGUUCAUCAAGAACUAUAUUAAUCUGUGUACAAUGUUCAAUUUAUCAUGACAUGCUGUGUUCGUUCUGGUGCAGUGUAUUUUUGAUGUUUAUGUAAUUUCUCUUCAGUUUACUUUUUUGACAUAGCCUUUUACUCCUCAGUGUAUCCCUACAGACCAAUCAGUAGCUGGAGCAUUUGAUUGGCAGUAGUGGGCAGCAAAUAGGAUGUGAAUUAUCCAAACCCGGACUAUGUCAAUACCUUAUAAAAGUCAGUAAAUUUGCACAAUACUUUUCACAGCAUCAGGAGUUGUUUGGACCACUCUCUGCUGUGAAUCCCCGACAAUGAAGUUGGUUUGUGGUUGUCUUCUGGCAGUUGCCCUGCUGGGCUGCCUGGCUAAUGCUCAAUAUUUCAUGAAGCCCCAGCAACCUCAGGAGCCUCAAGCUGCCCAAUACCAACCACCCCCGCCACCACCACAGCAGCCUCAGCAACCCCAGCCUCCCAAGUACCAGCCACUACCACAGCAGCCUCAGCAACCCCAGCCUCCCAAGUACCAGCCACCACAGCAGCCUCAACAACCCCAGCCUCCAAAGUACCAGCCACCACAGCAGCCUCAGGCUCCCCCUAAGUACGCACCCCAGGUGCCUCAGCAACCCAAGCAGCCUCAACAGCCUACAGAGGUGUUUCACACAUGUGAAGUGGCGGAAAACUACAAGAUCGCGUGUGGGGCUCCGGGCAUCUCUGCCUCAGAUUGUGAAGCAAUCAACUGCUGCUUUGAUGGACGUAUGUGCUUUUACGGAAAAUCUGGUAUGUACUUGAUUUUUUUCCAACAAGUAUUCCUCUUUGUCACCUAAGUUGAGCAAAAAUUCAAGAGUAAACCGUGAAAGCGUAUCUUCGUUUAUAACUUGUUUUGUAGUGACUCUUCAGUGUACCAAGGAUGCCCAGUUCAUUGUGGUAGUAGCCAGAGAUGCAACCCUUCCCAACAUUGACUUAGAAUCCAUUUCUUUCUAUGGAAAUGACCAAAGCUGCAGCCCUGUUGGCACAACCUCAGCUUUUGCCAUCUACCAGUUUCCCGUCACUGCUUGUGGCACUGUUAUGACGGUGAGGGUAACGUUUGAUUUAAAGCAUAAUUUUUUUAAAAUUUGAUAAUGAAUUAAGAAUCAUAAAUAUUCAUGCCAAUUUACUGUAGGAAGAACCAGGUGUUUUAGUCUACGAAAACAGGAUGUCGUCUUCAUAUGAAGUUGCUAUUGGACCUGCUGGAGCCAUCACCAGGGACAGCCACUAUGAGUAUAUGAUUUUGUUGAUUUAACCCAAAGUGAUCUUGAUAGAUUAGCUGACGUUAUUUUUUAUAAGUUAUUUUCUAACUUUCUCUUCCUCCUCUCAGGCUGCUUGUGCAGUGUAGAUACACUGGCACCUCAGUUGAAGCUCUGGUGAUUGAGGUUGGCCUGGUUCCUCCACCACCACCCGUUGCAGCUCCUGGACCCCUGCGUGUGGAACUCAGACUGGCCAACGGACAGUGUACUACCAAGGGUUGUGUGGAAGGUUAGUGUUAAAAGGGGUUGUGCUUUUAAUCUAAUUUGGCAGCAACUGUAUCAACAACCACUCUUUCUACUUGGGCAGAGGAGGUGGCCUACAACUCCUUUUACGUGGAUUCUGACUAUCCCGUCACAAAGGUGCUCAGGGAUCCUGUGUACGCAGAGGUUCGAAUGCUAGAGAGAACUGAUCCCAACAUUGUUUUGACUCUUGGAAGAUGCUGGGCAACUGCUGACCCCUACCCUCACAGUCUUCCUCAGUGGGACUUGUUGAUUGAUGGGUAAGAGUAAGUGUUGGCUCAACAUGGACAUUUUUUAAAUAGUUAAAUAAAUCCUUGUAUCCCCCUAAACUGCGCUUCCACACUCUAAAUUGUGACAUAUUUUUGGCCAUCUCGCCCUCUUUCCCCUUUUCUUAGCUGUCCCUACCGGGAUGAUCGUUACCUGACCACCCUGGUCCCUGUGGAUGCCUCAUCAGGGCUCAUGUAUCCAACACACCACAGGCGCUUUAUUUUCAAGAUGUUCACAUUUGUGGGAACUGGACCUGCUAAUCCUGGCAAAGGAGAAGCUGCUGAACCAGAGGUUAUGACUCCUCUUAAGGAAAAGGUAUUGGAUCCAAUGACAGAGCGAACUUCGCUGAUUAUUCCCACAAGUAUCCACAUGCCUUACAUUCCCUUACAUCAAACUGUCUUUUUCAACAGGUGUAUAUCCACUGCGAUGCAGCAGUAUGUCAGCCAUCUGUUGGAAAUAACUGUGAACCUAGGUGCUUCAGACAGAGUAAGUAAUGCAGUUUCACUCAGAUGAGACCAUCAAUAUGUUUGAUUUUAGUUUGUUGCACUUUGUUUUUGACUAAGAUGAAAACGGAUCAUUGUGUUACAUGUUGCAACAGUAUGGUCAAAGGAAUGAAAAUCAGAAAAUUUCUUAGCAAAAGAAUCAAAAAAGUUAGAUAAGAUGAAAUUGUACUUUUACAAAGUGAGUAAGAAAAUAUGUUUGUUUGUUUAUAACUUAAGGAAUAGAGUUCAUCUGUAAAUGCCUGCAAAUUACCUUUUUAUAUGUCUACUCAAAUUUACUACACCACCUUGUGCCUCACUUUAUCUAACACCUGUAAGUAACUGACCACUGAUAUUUUUUCACACAGGGAGAGACAUUGCCGCUUCUGUCCUGAAAGGCUCCAGAUCUGAGACCACUGUGGUUAGCAGUCAGGAGCUUAUCUUUAUUGGGCAGUAAUAAACCUUUCUCAUGAAACCUCUGUUGCCAAUUGUUGUUGUAACUGAGUUUCAAAUAAAUUUGCAAAAUGCUGAGUGCGUCUAUUUUCAUGAAAAUAUUGCUGUACGUCCGAUCAGUCAGUAGGUUGCUUUAAAGAGCAGCCGUUGAAUCUCAGCCCCAGUCUCUGUCCUCUUGAGUGAAGUUCUUAUCCUAAACCUUACAGAAACUGGCUGCCAUCUCUGCUCCAUCUCCGUCUUUGUUUUAACUCAGCUUUUUAGGAGUGAAUCCAAAGUUAUAAAUUACAGGACUUUGCGUUCUCUUUGAUGUGUUUAUCCCGUGUGUUUGAAUCCCGCAAUUGGAGUCCAGUGCCAUCGGGCUGUGGGCAGUGUCAUGUCAGGUCAUGAUUAACAAAUUUGUUGGAACAAACAACAAAUGGUCUUCCUACACUCACAGAAAUAAGUAGACCUCACUGCAUUUCAUUUCAUCUAUUUAGAUCUCCAUUAGCUUUGGCUAAGGCCAUCGUUACUCUCAUAAAUGUAUGAAAUAAAAUAUAACAUUUGCAUCCAUUAGAAUUACUUAGAUUUAACAUAAACAGGCCAUUGAAGUUUAUGCGCUGCAUAUUUGUCAGCCAAAUGUUAAUGAAACAAUUAAGAAACAGAUUUAUGUAAUAAU